UCAAUGACAUAUCCCCCAUCAGGGCUCCUAUAAAAUCAGCCCCUUUCCCAUGAAACAUCAGCAAACAUUUUGACGGCUCUGGCUUUUCCCCCGCUGGAUCGCUGGAGUCUCUGACCCCCCACCCCAUCCACCCACCCACUCCUAGAACCCCCACCUCCACCGCCGCCACCCUCUCCACGGACCUCACAUCUUAUGCAUCUCUGCGACGGCCAGUUCUCUCGGAGAGACGGAGGGAGCUGAGGAGGGGGAGUCCAGCACGGAGCCAUUUUCUCAGAGGAGCCCCUGGAACGUGCAUGGGAAGAGGAUGCAUUGUGGGCUGCUGGAAGAACCUGACAUGGAUUCCACAGAGAGCUGGAUUGAAAGAUGUCUGAACGAAAGCGAGAGCAAGCGCUUUUCCAGCCACACGUCUAUUGAAAAUAUGUCCAACGACGAAAAUGAGGAGAAGGAAAAUAAUCGAGCAUCUAAACCACAUUCAACACCUGCAACGCUACAAUGGUUGGAGGAGAAUUAUGAGAUUGCAGAGGGUGUCUGUAUUCCUCGCAGUGCACUGUACAUGCACUAUUUGGAUUUUUGUGAAAAGCAUGAUUCUCAGCCCGUCAACGCCGCUAGCUUCGGAAAGAUAAUAAGACAACAGUUCCCUCAAUUAACCACACGAAGACUAGGAACCAGAGGCCAGUCAAAGUAUCACUAUUAUGGCAUCGCUGUGAAAGAAAGUUCCCAGUACUACGAUGUGAUGUACUCCAAAAAGGGUGCUGCAUGGGUGAACGAGACGGGCAAGAAAGAGGUCACCAAGCAGACAGUGGCAUAUUCACCACGCUCCAAACUGGGCACUCUUCUGCCAGAAUUUCCAAAUGUCAAAGACCUAAAUCUGCCCGCCAGUCUGCCAGAAGAGAAGGUCGCAACAUUCAUAAUGAUGUACAGAACUCACUGCCAGAGGAUAUUAGAUACAGUCAUACGAGCUAACUUUGAUGAGGUCCAGAGCUUCCUGCUUCACUUUUGGCAGGGCAUGCCACCUCACAUGUUGCCCGUCUUGGGCUCUUCCAUUGUGGUGAACAUAGUGGGUGUAUGUGACUCCAUAUUGUACAAGGCCAUCUCAGGGGUUCUCAUGCCCACGGUCCUACAGGCUCUGCCUGACAGCCUCACUCAGGUGAUCAGGAAGUUUGCCAAACAGCUGGACGAGUGGCUUAAGGUGGCACUUCACGAUCUGCCAGAGAACUUGCGCAACAUAAAGUUUGAAUUGUCAAGACGAUUUUCACAAAUACUUAAGCGACAAACAUCAUUAAACCAUCUCUGUCAGGCCUCUCGAACGGUGAUCCACAGUGCAGACAUCACCUUUCAAAUGCUGGAGGACUGGAGAAAUGUAGAUCUGAAUAGUAUCACUAAACAGACACUUUAUACAAUGGAAGACUCCAGAGAAGACCAGAGAAGACUUAUCAUCCAAUUAUAUCAAGAAUUCGACCGGCUCCUGGAAGAUCAGUCUCCUAUUGAGGCCUACAUUGAGUGGUUGGACUCUAUGGUGGAGAGAUGCGUCGUGAGGGUGGCGGGGAAGAGACCCGGAUGUCUGAAGAGGUUAGCACAGCAGUUCCUGCUCAUGUGGUCGUGUUUUGGGACCAGGGUAAUCCGCGACAUGACAUUGCAUAGCGCACCCAGCUUCGGCUCAUUUCAUUUGAUUCAUCUCAUGUUUGAUGACUAUGUUCUGUACCUGCUUGAGUCUCUGCACUGCCAAGAAAGAGCCAAUGAGCUUAUGGGAGCUAUGAAAGGGGAGGGUGCACCAGCAGAUACCGGGGAGGAGCUGAUGCUGAUGGGCUCCACUCCCACAUCCACAUCACCUGAACCCUGCUCUCCCGCCAAAUCCGUUCAUUCUGCGGGAGUACCUGCAGCAGGUUCCCCCAAUUCAGCACAGUCUCCGGAGUAUCCGGGCGUUCCUGCUACAGCAGGAGCUGUUCAGUCAUAUACCUGGUCCCUUACAUACACAGUGACAACUUCAGGUGGCAGCCCAUCUGAGACUGGAUCCCAGCUUUCCUGUAUGCGAGGCGGACCCCAUGUACACACCCCCUCCCCUGCCCACCGGAUGCCGGUUUACCCACAUAGAGAUGAGCACGGGUAUACUGGCAGCUAUAAUUACAGCAGCUACGCUAACCAACAUCACGCCCUCCAGAGUCAAUAUUCAAGUCUGAGCCACGAGCCUGGGCUGCCCACCCCUCUGCACUAUUCUUCGUACCGUACCUCUGCACAGUACCCACUCAACAGUCAGAUGUCACGAAUGGAGUCCUGUUUGAUGAGCAGCUCUCCACUCUUACACUCAUCCCCGGUGACCCCACGCUGGCCAGAUGUGCCCUCCGCCAACAGCUGUUACUCCAGCCCUGCUGUCCACACGUCCCGCUACGGCUCCACUGGAGACAUAUACUCGCCUCUUGCCCCACGUAGCAACUCUGAAUAUGAACAUGCACAACAUUUUCCAGGAUUUGCCUACAUAAACGGGGAGGCCACGACAGGGUGGGCAAAAUGAUUUCUGCCCUCCCCGUGUAUCGUCCAGGACUACUGGAGUACGUCGACAGACGUGUGCAUGUAGAAAGCUGGAUGGACAGACCAAUGGCGACUCGUAUUUAACAUGAUUACAGAGAAUGUAUCUGUGUUGGAAUGAGAUUGUGUCUCCCGAGGUUUGUUUUAGUGAUGUGAUCAGUGUUUACAGUGAAAGCUGCCAAUGAAACUCUUUGAAGCGCAAUCAUUGUGAGAGUGCAAAACGGCAGUAUUCCAAUUGUGCCUUCACCCAUUUUAUUUCUCAUUUAUCUCCCUAAAGAGCAUAUUUAACGUCUCUCUUAGUCACUGCGCACACACUUUGAUCACCGUCCUUGUUUCAUACUGAGACAAACACGCAUCUGACGAAGGUUGGGUGUUUGACGUCAGAUGGCGUACCCCUUUUGAGUCCUUGUUAACGUCAUCUCAAAGUUUGCUAUUUCUCUAUAGCGUAAACAAAUUCUCAACCAGGAAGAAAUGCCUUAAUGUUUGAUCCUAGCACACCCUUUGGAUGGAAGCCAGAAUGUAGACGUUAGGAAAUGGCCAAUAAUGUGUUGCAUGCGUACUGUAUAUGAAGAUCAGAUUUGUCAUAAUUACCCCAGCUUUAUACAACUCAGAAACUUCCGCUUGAGCUCUUUGUUACACACACUGCGGGAGAACGUUAGAGAUCUUUUCUGUAGCUAUGUAACAUUGUGUCCCUCUGCAUUGUGUAUCUGUGUUUGAACUGUAUAUCCUGUUUUGUAUAAUUUAGAAACCGACAAAAUUUUAACCUAGGUUUGUGUGUUUUUCGAAUGCACUCAAAUGUACUGUGGACCUAUUACCCUAUGGGUAGGAAUAAAAAGGAAAGAAUAUGAAAAUGUAACAUUUAUUAUUGUUUUUAGUCACUUUCUCUUGUAAAUAAAAGCACUCAGUAACUUCUGUGGUGACAGCUGUUACCAUGUAAAUGAUAUAAUGUGGAAUUAUUUGUUGCCACAUAAAGAUUUUUUUAAAUCAGA